AUGGAAUUAGAAACAGAAAUUCCCAUUUGGUAUAAAGGAAAAGUAAAAUGGAUAUCAAAUUUAACUUCCCGUUCAACUUGUUCUGAUGUUAUUCAAGCUAUAUUAUCAUCAUUAUCAAUAGAUUAUUCUUCAUUUGAAUUAAAUGAAAAUUAUAUUUUAUAUGAAUGUUGGCGUGGUGUUGAAAGACCAUUAAAAUAUCGUUGUCGUCUUCUUAAAUUAUGGAAUUCAUGGGCUGGUGAAUGUGAAAAUGUUAUAUUAACAUUACGAUCACGUGAAGAAGAAUCAAUUCCAACACAUAUUCUUAUUCGUCAACAAGAAAAAAAAUUAAAUAAAUUAAAACGUCAACUACGAAGAACUGAUAAACAAAUUCAAUAUUUAAAUAAAUAUGAAAAUGAAAAAGAAAUUUUAAUUUAUUUCAAUUUAUCACGUUCAAUAAUUCAUUUAAAUAAUCAAAUUAAAAAUCAAGAAAAAAUUAUUUUCAAUUUAAAAUUUCAUAUUGAAAAUGAAAAUGAAAAUAAUCAAGAGAAUUUUCUUCAAGAUGAUUUUAAAAAACUUUUAUAUGAUGUUAAUCAAACAUUAAUAACAAGUAGAAAAUUAACUCUUCUCGCAGAUAAAAUUGAUCAACAAAUACAAAAAACAAAUGAUCAAAUUGAAAAAAAACUUCUUCUAUUAGAUGAAUUAGAAUUAGAUUAUGCACUACAAGAUAAUAUUGAUAUUGAUAGUUUAGAAGAUCAAGAUGAACAAAUAUCUUCUUCUCCUCUUAUUUCAAUUAAAACAUUAACAGUUCAAAGUCGUCCAACAGCAAUAGUUGAACCAAGUCCAUCAAGAUUAAAAUCAAAAGAAUUUUUAGGAAAUAAUCUCAUAUCUCAUUUAUCAUUAGAUAAUCUUGAUAAACAAGAGAAAAAUUGUUUAAAUACAACAAAAUCGAAAAUUGAUUUAAUACCAUUAUCUAUUCCAUAUCAAAAUUAUAAAUUUCAAACAAUAAAUAAUGAUGAAUCAGAUACUGGAAUUAGUUCGAUUUAUUCGAAUGAUGAACAAUUAGUAACACUUGUUUAA